AGCACACAGGUGCACAACACUCGGCCAUUACAGGAGUCACCUUGAGAGGUUCAUGGGUCACUUAAGUGGUGCCGGCACACAGCUGCUGCAGGAGUGGCGGGACCUGGGGGUGCUCAGCCUGGCCGUGUGUGACCAAGACGCCCAAGAGGUUCUGGCCGCCAUCAGCGCCGUCCACGUGUCAUUGCCUCGGCUACACAUCCUCUGCCUACACGUCCCCGUGGGUGCCGUGAGGACACAGGCGUGCACCACACGGCUGCCUGGCUGCCCAGGGGUGUUCCUCGUGUUGUCUGGCGUGGACGAGAGGCUGCUGGAGGAGGCGGCCCAGAUAGCACAGCUCCUGCAGCCCACACAGCGCCCGUGAGUGUGUGCCAACACUGCUCUCUCUCUCCUCUCCUCUCCUCUCCCCUCUUCUCCCUUCUCCUCCCCUCUCCUCUUCUCUUCCUUCCCCUCCCCUCCCCUCUCCUCUCCAUGCCUCUUUUCCUUUCCCCUUCUCUCCUCUUCUCUCCCCUUCUUUCCCUCCUCUCCCCUCCUCCCUCCCCUCUCCUCUAUUCCUCUCCUCUCCUCUUCCCUCUUGUCACCUCCCCUUUUCUAUUUCCUUUUCCCUCCCCUCACCUCCCCACCCUUCCUCUC